AUGUUUAAUGUGUGGGUGGAAAAUAAUAAGCAACAAAAAGCUGUUUUCGAUUGGAUUAUGCGAAAAUUCAAUAGUCGACCUAAUGAAGAGAAGGUGAAAGAAAUAAAUUUAAAAAUUAAGAGUUUCUGCUCACACGCAACCCAAAAAUGGAAGAAAAAUAAUCGAAGUUUAGAAAAUAUGAUGAAGUACGACAGUCGCUGGCUAGGAAUGGAUAAUGUAUUUGCAUUGUCCAAUGUUUCACAUAAAGGUCGACCUACAGUGAGUUAUUCUGAAGGAAGUGAGAAAGCUCAUUUAGACGAGGAAAUAUCUUUAUUAACUCCUUUUCAAUGGACACUAGAAGGUGAAAGAAAAAUUAAUGUGAAUUUUGAGCUUAAUCUAACACUUAUUGAUGGCAAAGUUUUAAACGUGUUAACAAAUACAAAAUCUUCGCAGUCGUGUCCAAUUUGUGGUGCGAAUCCAAAACAAUUCAUGUCUGUUAAAGACAUUGAUUCGUCAAUAUUUCAACCAAAAGAAACUUCUCUGAAGUAUGGUAUAAGUCCCCUGCAUGCAUGGAUUAGGUGCUUGGAAUUUAUUUUACAUCUUUCCUACCGUAUAGACUUAAAAAAAUGGCAGAUAAGAAGUCAAGAGGAUAAAGAAGUGUUAAAGCAAAAGAAAUCUGAAAUACAAGAAAAGUUCUGGAAACACAUGGGCUUACGCGUCGAUAAGCCGAAAGCGAACGGUAGCGGAAACACUAACGAUGGCAACUCAGCUCGUCGAGCUAUCUCUGAUCCAGAAAUGCUUGCAAAGAUUACUUCUAUCGACAAAACGUUUUUGAAAAAUUUAAAAACUAUUUUAAUUUGUAUAUCUUGUGAAUUCCAAAUUGAUGUGGAACUUUUUUUUUGCUUUUGUAAGAGAACAUUCGAUAUAUAUAUGGAAAAAUACGACUGGUAUGCUAUGUCAGCCACGUUACAUAAAAUUUUGGUUCACUCCGCUCAAAUUAUGCAAUCAUCUAGUGUACCACUAGGCUGUCUAGGGGAAAAUGCUUCAGAAAGCCGUAACAAAUGCUAUAAAAGAGAUCGCGUGUCGCAUGCCAGAAAAAAUAGCAGGGAGAAUAAUAUGAAAGAUGUCUUUGAUAGAGCUAUGGAUUCAUCUGAUCCCCUUUUAUCUAGUAUGCACUUGUCAAAGAGGAUUUAUUCAACAAAAAAACAAACAUUUCCACCGGAAGUAGUUGCACUUUUGAAAUCUCCUCCUAAUGAGUUUGACGAUGAUAAGCCUACAACAUCACGACAGGCAUUAGAAGAAUUCGAUGAAAUAUGUUCCGACGAUAAUGAAGAUAUGGACGACAGUACUUGCUUCUCGAUUGAACUAGAGGAAGAAGAAGAAUCGUGGGAUUAGAUAAAGGUGAGACUCUACCUGACACACAAAAAACAACAAUUUGCUAUGCUUUUAGUAGGUACUCACUCAAAAAUGGAACAACAAAAAUAAACUAGACUAAUACUUUUAAA